AUGAAAAGUAUACCAAAGAAAGUGUAUAAUCUACGGCCGCUGCCCGGGGGUCGCCGGGGCGCACCUGGAGCCAACGCUGGGUGUUCCAGCAUGCGAUCCGUUGGCGAUGGGGGACUGAACAGGCGGGUUCCCCUCGAAAAAAAUACGACAGCCGACGAAGUAUCAUCUCAAUCAUCGCCAUCAUCAUCAUCAUUAUUUUCAUCAAUUCCAUCCACUAAUCCGUUCACCAAUUCACCUACUCAUUCAGCAUCAUCCAAUAACCAAAUGAUGGAGGAUGUUGUGCAAGAGGCUGAUUUAGCAGUCAACUUUGUACCCACCACAUCAAAACAGCGUAGAAAAUGGAGUAAAGAAAUGAACGAAUUUAUUCUACGUACAUAUCUUCGACUUACCUUAAUGGAAUCCGACACUAAUGGCUACUUACCACUCCUGCACACAAAAUUCAUAGAAAAAUACCCUGAAAUGCACGUAAUUAGCAGACAAAGAAUAGGAGAUCAAAGACGAGCUAUAAUAAGUAAAAAAUUACUAAACCAAAGUGAAAUCGAUACAAUUUACAAUGAGACGCGAAUAGAAUUAAACAACAUUCAAGAUAGUAUAGACAUGCAGAACACAUCAAAUAAUGGCCACCAAAGUUUCAACGAUUCCCAAAUAGAACGACUUCACCAUACUAAUAAUACUUGCCAGCGAAUGCGGUGGACAAAAGACCAUAAUGAAGCAAUAAUGAGAGCUUAUUACAAAGUAACAUCUUUGGAAUCUAACAUUACCGCAUAUAGGGGUCUUCUUCAUAAGGAAUUCAUUGCCCAAUUCCCGUACCUUACCCAUAUAACCGAACAACGUGUUGCUGAUCAGAGAAGACUGAUUAUAAAUAAUAAAUAUAUAUCUGAAGAAAAGUUACAAGAGAUCCGAGAAGAGGUUCGUAGUGAAAUAAUACAACUAAAUAAUACAAACAAAGAAAUAAGUAAUGGCCGUUAUUUACCGGCUGCUCUCUCUACCAGUAAUGACCAUAUUUUAAAUAAUUAUGAAGAAAUAAAUUUCGAAAUAGACCAUGAUCAUAGAAGUACACUACAAGAAAUACGUUUAGAAAGUAUAGAAGAAAUAGACCAUAUCUUUGGUAAUGCCCACAAAUUCUUUAAAGAUAGCGACCCGACACUCAGAAGCUACAUACCAAAGCAAAAAUACACAAAAAAACUAUUUUCUAUCAUACAUUAUAUUAACUCCAAUAUUUUACCUAAAUAUGUUAACGUAGAUUCAGACUUUCUAACAUUGCAAACAGCAUUAUACUGUGCAGCGUGGACAACAGCAAAAAUGAACGGAUCAAAAUUAAAAUUAGAACCUUGUGAGACAAAUUAUAAGAAAAUAGCUACAAAACCGAAAUGGCAGAUAAGAUUAGAAAGAAGAAUAACAGAAUUGAGAGUGCAAAUUGGUCGUUUAACGCAAUAUUUACAAGGCAACCGGAGUAAAAAACUAGUAGCACAUGUAGAAAUUAUUAAAAACAGUUAUAAGAUACAUGCAACACACGAGAGCCCUAAUACAGGGCUUUUAGAAUUUUUGGAUACGUUAAAGCAAAAACUCAACAUCUACUGUAACCGAUUGAAAAGAUACAAAAACUGCACUCUACGUAAAAUGCAAAACAAACAAUUCACCUGCAAUGAAAAACUUUUUUAUAGGGAACUAAGAAAUCCAAAAAACGUUGUGAAUGAAAACAACUUAAAUUAUGAAAAUAAUAGAAAUACUGACUCGGUAGCCUUACCAGAUCUAUAUAAUUACUGGUCAAAUAUUUGGGAAAAUCCAGUACAACAUCACUCUACUGCUGAAUGGAUAUUUAAAGAACAAGAAAGAUAUUCGAACCUACAGCAUAUGGACGUCCAAUUUGUACCAAUAGAUAUAUUUCAAAAUGUUAUAAAUAAGUUACACAACUGGAAAUCCCCAGGAUCUGAUAAUAUUCAUAACUUUUGGUUCAAAAAAUACAGUUUCUUACACCCAUUCCUACACAAUCAUAUUAAUAUGUUUUUGCAAAUACCAACCACACUACCAGGAUAUAUAACUAUGGGAACAACAUACAUGCUCCCAAAGGACCCACAUUGCUUAAAUAACCCAGCUAAGUACAGACCUAUUACUUGUCUCCAAACUAUAUACAAAAUAAUAACAUCUUGCAUAACUGAAUUAGUUUAUCAACAUAUACACAAAAAUAAUAUAUUAACAGAACAGCAGAAAGGGUGCCGAAAACAUAGCCAAGGUUGUAAGGAACAGUUAGUAAUAGAUUCGGUAAUACUUAAACAAGCACAAAUCCAAAAAACCGACUUAUAUACCAUGUACAUAGAUUAUAAAAAAGCCUUUGACUCUGUACCUCAUACAUGGUUAUUAAACAUUUUAGAAAUUUAUAAAGUUCACCCGACAAUUGUACAAUUUUUAAAACACACGAUGACUCAAUGGACAACCAGACUCAAAUUAACUAACAAUACCAACAUAGUAUUGACAGACCCUAUUAAAAUACAAAGAGGUAUAUUCCAAGGGGAUUCCUUAAGUCCUCUUUGGUUCUGCUUGGCGUUAAACCCAUUAUCUAACCUACUAAACACAACAAGUGGAGGAUAUACUCUAUUUUAUACAGGCAAUUGUGAACGUACCCUACAAAUUGACAAGAGAAAUUUUAAAUUAAAUCACUUAAUGUACAUGGAUGACAUAAAAUUGUACGGUGCAACAGAAGAAGAGUUAAAAACACUUGCCCAAACUACAGAAAUGUUUUCUCAAGAUAUUAACAUGGAAUUUGGAACUGAUAAAUGUAAAGUUAAUUCUUUUAAAGGAGGAGAACACAUUCAACAUCAAUAUUACUUACAAUCUGGCGAUAUUAUUGCAGCAUUAAGGUCAAAUGAGGUAUACAAAUAUUUAGGCUACAUACAAGCUAGACAAAUAGAACAUAAAGAAAUAAAAGCUUCCCUAAUAAAAGAAUAUAAAUAUAGGCUAAAUAGCAUAUUACGAAGUCAACUCUAUUCUAAAAAUACUACUAAGGCAAUAAAUACAUAUGCAAUACCAGUACUCACAUAUUCUUUUGGCAUAAUUAACUGGAGCAAAUCCGAACUUAUUUCAUUGCAAAGAUUAAUUAAUACAACCAUGACAAGACAUAGAAAACAUCACCCUAGAUCGUGCGUCCAAAGAUUAACACUACCCCGCUCUGAAGGAGGAAGAGGUUUAAUAGAUUUAAUAAAUUUACAUAAUAAACAAAUAACGUCUCUCCGGUAUUACUUUAAAAAUAAAUCCAAGGUUUCUACUAUGCAUCAAUCAAUAGCCCAAAACGAUAAAAAGCUCACCCCUCUCAAUUUAAAUGAUGAGGAAAAUCAAAAAAAUGAAGCACAAACAGACAAACAGACAAAGUUUAGAGAUUGGCUCCGAAAGUCUCUCCAUGGAAGACAUCUCCGUGAUCUUAAUCACACUGGCAUAGACACGAAAGCGUCAAACGAAUUCCUUAGACGUGGUGAGCUUUUCCCGGAAACCGAAGGCUUUAUCCUUGCUAUACAAGAUCAAGUUCUAGAAACAAGAAAUUAUCAAAAGCAUAUCAUGAAACUACCCAGUUUAAUAGAGGACUCAUGUAGAAAAUGUAAAGGAGCCCCCGAAACCAUACAACACAUUACAGGAUCAUGCAGAGUUAUAGCACAAACAGAUUACAAACACCGCCAUGAUCAAGUUGCAGCCGUCAUUCACCAAAUAAUAGCGUUUAAUCACAAAUUGAUACCUGAAAAAGUACCUUAUUACAAAUAUUCUCCGCAAACAGUUUUAGACACAAAAGAUUAUAAGCUUUAUUGGGACCGAACCAUACUCACAGAUAAAACAAUCCAUUACAAUAGGCCAGAUAUCACUUUUCAUGAUAAGAGGCGGCAACUUGUCUACCUUAUAGAUAUAGCAGUACCCAAUACACACAAUAUCUCUCCCACAUACUCAGAAAAACUAAAUAAAUAUAUAGAUCUAUCCGUGGAAAUAAAGUCCCAAUGGAAAGUUAAAUUAGUCAAAACUAUCCCUAUAAUAAUAUCAUCUACAGGAAUAAUACCCCAGACAUUACACACAAGCUUAGCCCAAUUAAAUAUUCACCCCCUCACUUAUGUCACACUUCAGAAAGCAGCUAUCUUAAACACAUGCAGAAUAGUUAGGAAAUUUUUAAAUACGGAUUCGACCACAACUAUAACGCUUGGCUGA